AUGCUGUUCUCCGCUAUCUUAUCAAUCGGCUACUCACUGUCUCAGGACAAGAAUGUAUCUGUCGACAACGAUAUACCUGCAAACCACUGGGCUGUGAGUGCAGUGAUUGAGGGAAUCAUCAUAUCAUUUGAGAGACAAGUCCUCAUCGCCGGUUCCAACACUUAUUGGAACUAUCGACAUCAAGCUGACGUGUGUCAUGCGUAUCAGAUUCUCAGAAGAAAUGGUGUACCCAAGGAGCACAUCAUCACGUUAUCGUAUAACGAUAUUGUCAAUCACACUAAGAACCCCUUCAAGGGACAGCUAUUCAACAAACCAACGGGUGACCGCCCUGGCGUUGAUGUCUACAAAGGUUGCGAGAUAGACUAUAGUGGCGAGGAGGUCACGGUCAAAAACGUACAAGGAGUUCUAACCGGCGAUAAGUCGCUAGCAUCGAAGAAAGUUCUGGAAAGCACCGAGAACGAUUACGUCUUCAUCAAUUUUGUGGAUCACGGCGCUACUUCGAUCAUGGUUGACGACCAUGGAGAAGAAGAAGAUGUGGCUUGCAAUUCCACUGUCAUUCGAGCGACACACAAAUUAUCAUUCAGGUAUAAACAGUUGGUGUUCUAUGUCGAGACAUGUGAAUCUGGCAGUUUGUUCGAGGGGAAUCCUCCUAUUCCAGGCCAAUAUUACGUCACAGCUUCCAAUCCACACGAGUCAAGCUUUGCAACGUACUGUCCCCCACAUGAUAAGGUUGCUAACGUCUCACUUAACGCCUGUCUCGGAGACCUUUUCUCUGUUAACUGGAUGGAGAAUGAAGACGCCUUUUCGCAUACUGGCCGCGAUGAGACUCUGGAGCAGCAAUAUCACCUAGUCAAAAAGGAAACCAAUUCCAGUCAAGUUUGCUUUGCUCUCAGUCAUGUUAAGAAGUAUGGAGAUGGAACAUUCACCAACGAGUCUACCCAAAAUUUCAUGGGUAGCAGAAACGGAAAGAUCAAGUUGGUCGGUUCCGAUUAUGCCCCUGGGUCCGAAGCGACCGUUGAGCAUGUCUUCCGGGAGUUUUUUGGACGUCCGAAGCCGCAGGGCAUGACGGUUGAAGAGGAAGUCGCAAGGGAGAAGGAAAGGCUCCGCGCUAUCAAGCAAGUUAGUAGCGUACCAUCAAGGAUGAUUGCCAUCCACAUAAAAUACAGCGAGCUGAGGGAAGAAGAAGGGAAGCCGAGCAACUACAGAAGGCAGUUAGAAGUCGCUAAGGAACUCCUUCAGACCGUCGAGGAAAGGAUUCGUGAGGUUGAGCAAAUGAUGGAUCGCAAUCAGCAACGUGAUUUAGCUCAAAGUUGA